AGGAGAAGACAACAGAGACAGGAGUGAUGCUAUACUACCACUGGCACAAGGCUUAUACCACAGGUACAACAGUGAUGCUGCUUCGACAGUAAAUGUGGCGCUGAGUAAAUAGCUGGCGGAACGAUUCUUUACCUACACGGCAUAUUAUACAUCGCUCAAGUGCAAAUUAUUUAUGUUUGAAAAAAAGUCAUAUUUAUGAAAAUUAUAUACUUUUGAUAAUUAUCUUUAUUUAUUAUGACGAAGCAUUGUAAGGUAAAAACAUUAACUAUGACCCUGUGAUAUAUAUAUGUAGAUUGCGUCUGUUUAAGUGUUUUGUUGUGCUUAAAUGAGUAAUACCAAUCGUUUAAAAGUUUCGUGAAGUAUACAGCAUUCUGUGAUGAUAUUUUGAUAAAAGCAUACUGAUCCGUGAACAUGUUAAACGUUGGGGAGUAACACAAAGUGUUUGCUACAUCUGUUCUAAAUAGUGGACUGUUUAUCAAAGCAUAGCGAAGAAAGAAACAAAACAACAGUAAUUGAACAAUAGUCUGCGAAUAAGCAUUCGAACAAGGACAAUCUACCGGAUAGUGACUAACAUUGUGACAUCAGGGCGUCUCCCCCUUGAUUGUGAACUGUUCUCUCUGACUUUGCUGUGUUGGUCAAGGAUAACCUCACAGAACAGUUUCGCCUCCUUGUGUUGCCAAGAGAAACCGACAUGUCGCGUCUGGUGGUGUUACUUUGGAUACACUAUUGUAUAGUCCUCGUUUCCGGUCAUGGCCGUCUCCUAGAACCUGCUGGGCGAUCUUCUAUGUGGAGGUUCGGGUACAACACGCCCGUCAAUUACAAUGAUAACCAACUGUUCUGUGGCGGCUACAGGAACACAGUGGUCAAUGAUGGAAAGUGUGGGGUCUGUGGCGAUCCCUUCCAGGGUCCAUUUGAAAACGAGGCUGGAGGGAAAUAUGCAACUGGAACCAUUGUCCGUUACUAUGACAUCACCGAAGAAUAUAUCAACGUCACUGUUGAUAUUUCGGCGCACCAUCGAGGUCAGUUUGAGUUCCGGCUGUGUCCGAAUAAUGACGUCAACACCAGGGUGACUCAGGAAUGCCUAGACCAGCAUGUGCUCCAGGUCGAAGGUGGAGAAGAUGGCGGAGUCCAUUUCGUUCCUGCCGGAAGUGGAAUUCAUCACCUAAGACUUGGCAUCCCUCGUGGUUUGACGUGUAGUCAGUGUGUCCUGCAGUGGAAAUACACAACAGGUAACUUCUGGGGAAUCGACAAGGCGAGUGGGGACGGCUGUCUCGGGUGCGGUGACCAGGAACAAUUUGUCAACUGUGCAGACAUCGCUAUCGGUGACGACACGUUCUACGUGAAUACAAAUACCAACAGCAUUAAGAGCGCCACCUAUGUCACACACGUCGAGAAGUCACAUGAUCAUGGGUCUCAUUAUCGUGGUCUUCACCAUGAAAACGUAUCUCGGACGUACAAGUCCGACAAACCGGAAGAAUGUAAUCGAUGUUACGCAUUGCCAACGUGGCAACAUUUCCCGGAUAUGGAUAACUGGUGUGACUCGAACUGCAAACUGGGAAAUUGUCCUCCUUGUCGCUGUUAUUGUGGUUGUCCUCGGAUCAAAUUCGAUAACCCAUGUGUCGGAACAGGAGAGUAUGACACAUUCGAUAAAAUGGCAGGUUGGUGCUGGAGGGAAUGUUGCGAGUCGGAAUGUCCAAUCGACAAGUGCGCAUGCUCAGAGACUGUAAAACAUCCUUCCUCUUCCGGUUAUGAAGUUCAAAAACAGUUUUUCGAGCUUCCAUUAGUUAACUUAGUCCCCGGAUCACAAGUAUCACAUCACCAUGGCGACUCACAUGAGAAUACGAGCAGCGACGACAACGAUGACAGUAACAACGAAAGUAAGAAGGCAACACCAAGUAGUGAAAGUGACGAUAACGAUGAUGAUAGUAGCGCUAGUGAAGAUCAGGAUCAUGCGAUGAGCUCUUUAUAUGGUGUGAAUAGUAAACCUCCGGGGGAGGCCCUAACCAAUGCAAACAUUCUCGCGGACCUAACCCAGUUGCACCGGAUCAGUCUCCCAGGGGUGCUUCAUCCCAAAAAGCACAAAGUGUCAUCAAAUUCAAAGGAAAGGCAUUCCUCUAAAGACAAUCAUCUACGCGAACUUAAUCAGGGACCAGAUUCAGGAGGGCAAUAUUCUUCUGGAAGGGGAAGUAACUCUGAUGCAUCUCGACUAAAUCCAUUUGUACUGAGCGAGGUUCGGGUGAUGAAGGUGAACAAAUCACAAUCAAAAAGAAAAAAUCAUGUAACGGAUUCCAUCCGACCGAAAGGAAACUUUCUAUCUCAGUUCAGUCUGAGAGAAGUGCACAGGACCAAGGUCAAUACAACCUCACGUGGUGCGGAGACGUCGACUCAUCACUUAAGUAUAAGUUUGCCUCAGUUGGUAUCAUUUAUAUUCGGAGACAGGACCCACAAAAACAAAUCUGAUCAUGCGGGAUAUUCGACCAAGCUUGCAUCAACCAAGUCACCGCCGAAUUCAGCGUCUGUAAUGUCUAAAUCAACAUCACUCUCAAUUUCCCCGUUUACGAAAACAACACCCAGCGAGCGGAUCGCGGUAACUAAAUCAAAAUCAAGUCCAUUCUCCUCUGCAACUAAGCCAUCAACAAGUCCAUAUUUCUCUGCAACCAAGUUAGUAUCAAACCUACUUUCUACUAUAGGCAAGUCAGCAUCAAGUCAAAUUCCCUCGGUUACCAAGCCAGCAUCAAACCCGCAUCCUCUGCUAACCGAAUCAGCGUCCCUCAAGGGGGUUAGGGCUAAUGAUAGGCCUUUAAUGGGUGGAUCAUUAACAGCCCAAAGACGCACAGCCUAUGCGGGCAACGAGCAAGUUCAAUCGACUUAUGUGUCCAGUGCCACGGCUAAACUUGAGAGUCGUCUGACUUCGAAGGACCCGCUACAGAAAGAUAAGGUCGACUUUAUACAAAGGAUGGCUGUCGAUCCUCGACUUCUGUCAUCCGUUCUAGAUCUUGAUCAGUUUUCAACUGACACAGAAGAGAAACAUCAUGUCAAAACAACAUCCACUGCUGAUAAUUCUACUAAGAUGCUGCCGAAAAUCAAAGCUGAAUCUACAUUUACGGUAAAUCACUCUAAAACUACAGCGCAGCCGGAAGAUAUUAAUAGCACAGACAAUACAUCUACGUCAAACACGUCUAAUCAUACACCACCUACUUCCGAUAUUACAUCAAAGGUAGAUAACUCUAUUAAUACAAUGCUGCCGGAAGUCAAUGAUCAUACUAGUGCUGGCAGUACAUCAGGGAAUAAGGAGCAAGAUCACUUCACUACCGAGAUCUUCCGAAAAGACAAGCAUAAGAUUACUCUCUCAUCUGAGAAUUUCUCGUCAGUCACCCAAACACCACAGAUCAAAAUGGUGUCUGAUAGUGACAAACUCUUUCGGAAGGUUUCUAGAAAUAUCCACGAACAAAAGAUGGUCGUUGACAAUAUACUUAAAAAGGAAACAGAAGUUAACGGCAAUCGUCCACAGGCAAAUGGUGUUACUUACCACAAACUUAACUUCGCUGAACCAGAAAAAAUAAACGAGGCAGCUUCCGGUGACGCACCGUAUGUUGUAGACGCCAGACUUCUGAACAAAAUGUUAGAAACUGUUCAAUCCUGGAUCAAUCACCCCAUGUAUGUUGUUCAUUGAUGACGUCAUCAUUGUUAGUUACGAAAAAUAUUGUAAUGAUGUCUCUUGUUACAUAUUGUUGUUUAUCAUGCGUGUCCCUUUGAAGAUCGAGUGUUCUAUAUGUGUUUCGUGAGGGAGUCCUGGAUUCAUCGCCUCCAACAACCCUAGUUUAAUUAAAACAUUAUCGCUAGAGUUGGAACCACCUGGUUCACCACUAAAGUAACCAAGUUGGAUGAACAGAUAUUUUGCAAUGGUUAGGAGCUCUUGGUUUACCCCUCUAUCAACCAUGCUCAGUACUUAUGAAAUAUUGUUGCAUGUUUAUCCACCUUCGUAAAUAAUUUUAAAUUAUUAUUCUACAUGCAUAAAGUACAUUGACGAGUGUUGGACUGGAACACACACUGGUCGGGACGACUGCUUUUGUCGACCGGAAGUGUAAGUCGGGAAAUAUGGAAAGCAGAAUUCCGUACGAUACCUGUGGUAUACAUACAGAGGUCACAUGCUUAUUAUGUAUCUGGUUUGUAUACGUGUCAGUUUGAGACAUGAACAAUGGAACCUUGAUCAUAAGUGCGUUAAUUGUAUAACAUGUAUUACCAGAACAGUUCUGAAAGCACGGUGGAUCGGACGAUUGAAGCGAUUUUAUAAGAAGUGCAAUUUUCAUAAAGUGAAUUUUGUCGGAUUAUACAAUUGCGGUGUUGAUAUUUGCAUACUAUAGUUUUCUGUGGUCGCUUUCAUGUUUUGUUUGAGUACAAAAUGACACAAAUCAAUCAACACCAUUUUCUACCAUACAGCGAUCACCAAAUUCCUGAAAUAUGAACUUGGUCUAGAUAAAUAAAUUAUUACUA